CCUACGGUGUGGUGGCAGAAUCCAGCCAAGUCUGCGCGAAUCUAAAUCUAAACUUAGCCAAGCCAUUGAGCAAUCCAGCGAGUCGAAAGUGCAUUUUUUCGAGCGUGUUCUGCAAACGAGGAGACUAUAAAGUGAUUUUACGGGCCUGAGCGCAGCAUGCGAAAUCCUGCGGCGAGCCUCUGACCAAAAUAACUCAAAAGAAAAACCCCGCGCCAGCGAGCCCAGAGUCUUGGAUACCCCCUACAGCUGGUUCAGAACCCCAGGAGCCGGAGCCACCGAUAGCACCAUGAGCUACCACAACUACAACGUGACCACCCGGUUCGACAUGGUCGUGGAGAUAGCCAACAUCGCGCUGGACGAGUUCAAGACGCACCACAUAACGCGCAACUACACGGGACUCGUCCAGCGGUACUACCAGCUGGUGGAGGCCGACUUCGGCGAUCCGCGUGCAACGCGCUUCCCGCUGAUGGAGCACCCGAUGUUCACCUUCGGCAUGGUGGCCGUCUACCUGUCCUGGGUCCUGCUCAUAGGACCUCUGUUCAUGCGCGACCGCAAGCCCUUCCAGCUGCGCCGCACCCUGGUCAUCUACAACGCCUUCCAGGUGGCCCUCAGUGGCUACAUGUUCUACGAGCACCUGAUGGCCGGCUGGCUGAACUACUACAAUCUGAAGUGCCAACCGGUCGACUACUCGGAUAGUCCCAGCUCGAAGCGGAUGCUCAACCUGUGCUACCUGUACUACCUGUCCAAGCUGACCGAGUUCGCCGACACCAUCUUCUUCGUGCUGCGCAAGAAGUCCUCGCAGAUCACCUGGCUGCACGUCUACCACCACUCGGUGACGCCUCUGGAGACCUGGGUGCUGGUCAAGUUCCUGGCAGGUGGAAACGCCACAUUCCCGAAUCUGCUGAACAACUUCGUGCACGUGUGCAUGUACUUCUACUACAUGAUGGCCGCCAUGGGACCGGAGUACGCCAAGUUCCUGUGGUGGAAGAAAUACAUGACCGAGCUGCAGAUCGCCCAGUUCGUGCUGUGCAUCUUCCACACCGUCCGCGCACUCUUCAGCAACCAGUGCCAGUUCUCGAAGUUCAUCUCGGCCCUGCUCCUGCUGAACGCCUCCAUUUUCUUCUGCCUCUUCAUGAACUUCUACAUGCAGAGCUACAGGAAGACGAAGGCGGCGCAGCAGCAACUGCAGCAGCAAAAGCAGCAGCAACUGGACGCCGCGUCCUGCAAGGCGGACGGCAACAACAACAUGGCGGCUGUCACGCACAAACUGAAAGCCAACUAAAACCAGUCGGAUGUGGACGAAAAGUGCUUCCAGGAUUGCCCGAAAGGGGGAACAAAUUUUGUAUAAACGGAUCAGAUUGGUGAUGGCAACGGACGGAACGGAAGUAGUUUUGGUACAAAGGUUUCAACUAACGCUAAGCUAAGCUUAAGAGCCAUAAAUACACGAGCGUGCACACAUAUGCACGCACACAAACACACACGCACACACAGAGGAAGUCCGCCUGCCGACGAUCGAUCGAUCGAACACGGGACCAUGGGGCGUAUGCGCAACUCCAGCUUGAAUGCCCAGCAGCCCCUCGCCAGCUUCGCUUGAUUGCUUCGCUUCGCAUCUCAUCGUCUGCGGCUGCACUCGCAUCGCAUGUGUAAAACCGUACAACAAACUGGGUCAAUUUUCGAGAUCUGCCUAAUGUGUAAGUCGCCUAAUUCUAGAACCUCACGAACGAAGCGCGUUUAGUUAUAAUUCCCCUAGGCUAAGUGAUUAUUGUAAUUGUGUAUAGACGAUUUGUAAAUAGCCUGUUAAAUGUUAAUGUUAAAUAUUUGUAGUCCUAAGCCAACUAGUCUAACUUACAACAUUCGCACGAACAAAUACGGCGAACACGAAAUUAAAAGCGAAGACAAAUAAACGAAGAAAAGAUAAAUACAUUAAAAAACCAA